AUGUCAUCGGCUUUACCCCCACCUACUCAAAUUCGACACGAAGAAUCAUCAUCCACUUCUUUACCUACGACAGGACUUAUCUUACUUCAAAACCAUGUAACAAGUUCUACCACACCCAUGAAUUUACCCACUACGACGAGUAUGGUGGAUGAAACGAGUCUACCUUAUUUGCUCACUCAGAUAGAAGAUGGAUCUUGGAUAAAGGUUGAACAUGGUUGGAAGAUGUAUGGAAGAUUUCCAGGUGUGCAACAAAACGAAGAUCUAGCAAAUAAUGGCGAUAUCAGCACAGCAGCGGAAGUCACUAAAACCACUACGAGUGGAAUGACCACCGCUACUUUCGUCAUUGAACAAGCUCUUCCUAGUGGUUGGGGAGUAUCGUCCAAUCGAUCGAGCUUUUACAAAGUUCCUCUCAUUGUUGUGUCAAGUGUUAUAUUAGCUGUUGCCAUAACAGCAGCUAUCAUCUUCAUAACAUGGUCUCGUCGAAAAGCUCAUCGUAAACGGAAACGUCGAGCGGAGCGUUUGAGACGGAAAACUUUGGUGGCGGCAGGGAUUAACCCAGACGAUACUACCGCCAACGUCGCCGAAACUGCUUUGAGGGACAAAUUGGCCGAAUUGGAGAAUCACCAUAAGACUAGGCAAAACAGACAGGGAGGGAGUUAUUUAGUUCGGACAAAGAUACGAGGAUGGCGUGCAGGUUUGCGAAAGAGAAAAGGGAAACAGACGUCCGAGGGAAUGGGAGUGGUAGAGGAGGAUAAACCUGUUGAAGGUGUGAACGAAGUUGUCGUUCAAGAUUUGGACCAAACGUCUAAUGUACCAUCCGCUGAAGAACCACAGUUGAAUGAUUCAACAUCACCAUCACCUCAUCUUUCCGGCGGAGUAGAACCGGAGAAUGUACCAGAAGGUCAUCCUAUCGAACCAGACCAUCCUUUCUUUCUCCCAGCUUAUCGACCAGCAUCUGUACAAAGUGGUCCCCCACCUCAUUCUUCGUCCAAUCAACAAACUGCCACAGACGUUGUCAGUGGGGCAGUCAUGGAUAAAACUUCCGUACCUGGUUAUUACCCAGCUCCCACAACUGCGGAAUCCGAAAUGGCUUUAGCUGUGGUAUCGACCGCAGAUGGGAAACGUCGUUUGCCUCUUCCCAAUCUCGAUGUAGAAGAGGGUAAUAGGACAGUUGUACAUAUAGCGACGGACGACAAGACGGAAUUGGAACGUCUCCGUUUAGGUGGUUCAGCUCCUCCUUUGCGUGAUUCGAGCAGUGAGACGGAAGGAGCGGGUCCUUCUGCACCUGGUUUGGAGGUUGACGAAGAGGGAUUUGAACGUGUAGAUCGUGAAGGUCACAUGGAGAUGGGUCAUGGAGAUAAUCUCGGGACUGUUGUCGAGGGACGACGGCGAAUUGUGAGUGGAGAAGAAAAAUAUGAAGGUGUUCCUCCACCUCCCCUACGGAUCACUCCAAAAGUGUUGGAAACGUCAGAUGUGGGUUUGGGAAGUCACGAACAUCCCCUACCUUCUGCUCCUCCUAUUCUCGCGCCUUUGGUCAUAGCGUCCGCCCCACCAUUGUUGGAAGUUGAGGAGGGGGUCGUUCCCUCUGCCCCACCGAUGGAAGAGGAUGAUACGGAAGAGGGAGAAGAGGCACAGCAAGCGGCAGCCUCGCAGAAUGGGCGAGGACGUCAGCAAGGGGGAGAAGAAGUUUCUCAAGUGGUUUCCGAAUCCAAUCGAUAUUCGUCAGAGUCAACAGGAUCCAUAACAUCCGCUACGGGGGUGGAUGAUGUUGGAGCAGGUGGAGAUGUAUCAGGGGAUACACUGAGGAUGGAGGAUAGAGGGAGAAAUGUUGAUAGAGGUGUAAAUGGAAAAACAGAUGGUGUGUAUCUACCAAAGUACGAGCCAUAA